AUGUCGUCCACAAGAGUGCUCCACAACGGGCUGGCCCCGUUGCUUGCGUCAAAGAUGCUAAGAAGCUCUUCAAUCCAUGCGGACUUGAAAACUAAGCCAACAAUUUCCUUUCUUCAAAAAAAUAGUUACACCAAGAAGACUGCUAUUUCAUUUUUAAAUGCUGGCAUCAACACAAGAGCCAUGAGAUUUUCACCCUUGAAGUUAUCUCAUCAAACCCUUGAUGAAUUGACUGCAAAACUUCCAUCGACAGCUAUCAGCGAACAAAUUCUUGUCUCUUUGGAUUCCAAUGCGACAUCUCCAUUGUUACUCAACAAUAUUCUUGAACCAGUUGACGCAGCAACCAUGGCAUCACCUUAUUCCAAGUCCAGUUCAGAGGAGACACUUGAAACCAGCCCCCAACAGUCAUGCAAGCACAGCCUAGAAUGCAUCGAAAAUCAGUGCGCAUUUCGCGAUCAAGAUAAAUUUAUGUUGGAGGAUCCAACACAAAUUAACUUCUCUUCUGAAGUUGGAUGCCGCUUCCGAAAAUUUCCAGAUUUCCCCCUUGAAGUCCAAUGUAUGAUAUGGGAUUUCUCUAUGGAAGAAGAUCGCAUCAUUGAGGUACACAUCACCAAGCGUUGCGCAAAUUGGAUGAUUGUUUAUGCGUCUACUGAUGCUCAGAAUCCAGCAAUCCUUAGCGUCUGUCAAGUAGCUAGAGAACGAGGAUUGAGACGUUACAGACCAUUGUCCGUUGCGAAUUCCUGGAAACGAGACAAGAAGAUGUACGACGAUAGGCAAAAUCUGUUGGGGCUUCCAUUGGACUUUGUUGGUCCUGAAGCUGCAACGACAAACUUCAGGUGCUACAUUGAUUUCGACCGAGACACUGUGUUCAUCAACUCCAGCCAUUUUCGUAUCUACAGCGAUGCUUUGGAGGUUGGUGACAACACGUGGCGCGAAGACUUUGGCUACCAAUUCUUGAAGGACCUGUUUUUCUCUACAGCUGGUGAUCGAAUUCAAAAUCUUGCCGUAGACUACUUAUUGGCAGAGAAGUGGUUUGAUAAUGAUCGCAACAAUUGGCAGUACUGCCAAGUUUUGGCGGCAAUGCCUAAACUACAGAAACUCGCCAUUGUCUGGACCGGACAUCACCACUUUGAGCGUGUGAUUCAGAAUGAGUGCUGCCGCACGAGACAAAUCGAGAUUCUAACGGAUGAAGCAUUAUCUGAUGAGGUGCGCUACAGCGCCAAGUUUCCUAGCGAUCAUCACCAUCGUGUACGCAAGUUUCAUAAGAUGAAAGGCCUAGGUCCAUAUCUUGGAGAGGGAUGGGUCAGCGACCGAUUUGCUUCCGGUGAAACCUCUAUCACCUGGAAGAGCAACAUCGUCACCGCAAUUCAAGAGAAUCGACCGGUAAACCCGGCUAAUUAUCCGGCCAAUUCCUUUCACUUUACUGCGGACGGAAAUUCGAGAUACCGAGAUUUGUGUCAAUUGGAGUUUACUGAAGUCGCCGCCGAGAGAGAAUGCUAG